ACGAACAAUAACAAAAACUGCCAGCCUUGACUUCUUCAUUCACUACUUCCUCAGGAGUUGUGAGGAACCAUGUUCCUUCCACAUGGUUGUGAAAGGAACCAUGACCACCUGUGUUUUCUCGUUCUAGAUGACGGGCGACGUUGGAAGCAUGCUGCCCACUGAGAAGUCCAAGCAGGAGGGACACAUCUGGGGCUCCAUGAGGAGGACAGCUUUUAUCCUGGGCUCUGGUCUCCUCUUGCUUGUGGCCUUCUGGAAUUCAGUCACAUGGCAUCUUCAGAGAUUUUGGGGUGCUUCUGGCUACUUUUGGCAAGCCCAGUGGGAGAGGCUGCUUUCUACAUUUGAAGGCAAAGAGUGGAUCCUCUUCAUUAUAGGUGCUGCUCAAGUGCCUGGGCUGCUCUUCUGGGCUUUCAAUGGGCUUCUACUGGUGGUGGACAUAACUGGAAAACCCAGCUUCAUCUCCCGCUACAGGAUUCAGGUCGGCAAGAAUGAGCCUGUGGACCCUGUGAAACUACGCCAGGCUAUCCGCACAGUUCUUUUCAACCAGUACAUGAUCUCUCUCCCCAUGGUGGUCUUCCUCUAUCCCUUCCUCAAGUGGUUGGGAGACCCCUGCCGCCAAGAGCUACCUACCUUCCACUGGUUCCUUCUGGAGCUGGCAAUCUUCACCCUGAUGGAAGAAGUCUUGUUCUACUACUCACACCGGCUCCUUCACCACCCAACAUUCUAUAAGAAAAUCCACAAGAAACACCAUGAGUGGACAGCUCCCAUUGGUGUGAUCUCUCUUUAUGCCCACCCUAUAGAACAUGUGGCCUCAAACAUGCUGCCAGUGAUAGUGGGUCCCUUAGUAAUGGGCUCCCACUUGUCCUCUAUCACUAUGUGGUUUUCCUUGGCCCUCAUCAUCACCACCAUCUCCCACUGUGGCUACCACCUACCCUUCCUGCCUUCACCUGAAUUCCAUGACUACCACCAUCUCAAGUUCAACCAAUGCUAUGGAGUGCUGGGGGUGCUAGACCACCUCCAUGGGACUGACACCAUGUUCAAGCAGACCAAGGCCUACGAAAGACACAUUCUCCUGCUGGGGCUCACCCCACUAUCUGAGAGCAUCCCUGACUCCCCAAAAAAGAGGGAAUGAGAAGGCACUCGUAUCGUCCUGGCCUUCCCCUCAGUAGCAGGAUUCCGAGAUAGCCUGAGGCCCUAUGAUCACAUCUAACAAUUUGCCUCCUUCAGCCACACACUAAUGAUGGCACAUGGCACACUGGGGAAGAGAGAGGGUCAGCCUCCUGCAAAAGCAGGGCCAAGGAUAGGGCCAGGGCUUUCCCCAAACUACUGUCCUUGUCUCUUUUUUUAACCAGGAGUUGGCUUAAGGAAAAGGAAAAACUAGCUCCCCAGACUAGAGGCCAAUCACAGGGAGAUUUGAAACCACUUUGUGCCUCUGCCCUGGUGAGCCCCCCUAGUCUUCUACUAUGGAAGGGGAGAAAGGCUCCACCUCAGACUAAUCCUUGUGAUCUACACAAGAUGCAGGGAAAGGAGGUGGCAGAGAUUGGGGGCUCUAUGAAAUAGAGCUCCUUCUGGUGCCAGGGAGUGGGAAAACCAGGUAGCACUUUGCGUCUUCCUGUCCCUAAAGACCCCUUUCAGUUCUGCCUUGUUGCAAACAUCCCAUUUCCAAAAAAAAAGACAAUCCCCAGGAACUCCUCCCUGGAUCAAGACUGAUACCAGUGAGGGCAAAAUCCCUUUUCCCUGAAAUGGUUAACCAGUUAUCCAACACCCUUUAUUCAGGAUGACUUUAGCAAUGAUCCCUUUUUCAAAUGAAAUCUUACCAGGAUCCUUAGUAUCUAAAACAAGAUCAGAGCUGAGCUGAAGCAGUCCUCACCAUGGUCUCCCCUUUUGGCAGCCAGACAAGGCUAUACCUCCCAAGAAAAAUCUGGAGAACAUUCCUUG